AUGUUUCACUCCACGCCUGGGCCACCAAUGCAUGUGGCUAGGGCUGGAAGACGUUCAGAUCGAGUGCAGCCGGUCCUUGUGCAGCAUCAGCUGCCUGACCUUGACGUGCGCAUCGAAGUGCCAGCGCACAGUUCGAUGGCGGGACCUCACUUCUGUGAUGCGCCGGAACUUCGUCCACUCGUUUGUGGCACUUCACUUCAACCGCCAAUGCCGCCACUGCUGCCUGACGAAGGGUGCCACGUGUGUGCCGGCCGCGGGUACGCCCGUCACAUGCCCGCACGCUGCCACUGCGAGUGUCACACGCCCGCGUCCAUGCGAAUUGUGGAGGAGCUGACGGAGGACGGCGGGCCAGCUGGUGAAGCAAGUGGCUUGAAGUUGUGGCGGGCUGCAUCGGAAGGUCAUUUUGACCGAGUCCAGUACCUGUUGAGAGGCUUUGGUGAUGACAUUUUGAGCGAGACAAGGAAGGACCUCUUCAACAGUCUGGAGGGAUUUCAACAAUUUAAGAGGGGUGUCACUCCUGGGUGCCGCAAUGUUGGGCGAGAACGUGGCGGUGGUGACGUUGUUGCUUGA